AAUUUGUCUCUCGAGUGGUGCGCAAGCCAAAAUGAGUCACCAUUACGCACAGCUGUUUAUGAUAUUUUUGCUCCUUCUCUUUGCUAUUACGCUUGUACAAAGUUUUGAAGAACAAGAAAAGGAAAUAGAAUUCAAGAAGAAAAUAGAGACCCUAGACAAGCAGCUAGAAAAUAUGAAGAGGCAGAUGGAUUCCUCAAGGAAGGGAGAAGAGAGGGAGAUUCGAAAACUCAGACGAGAAAUCGAUCAGAAAAAGGAGAAAUUCAAAAGCUUGAGCGGUAACUUUAAAGCCAAGGAAACUGAAGUUGAUCAGUUGAGGGCAAAGUUGGACGAAGUACAGAGAGAGCUUUUAAUACUGGAAGCCAAAAGCAAUAAUCCUCAACUGAAGAAUGUCCUUGCCUCUGUAUUGAAGAGUUUUGAAAAAUAUUUGGACCCUCAAAUAGCACUUGCCUUUGAGGCAACCCAUGAAAAGAUGCAGUCCCUAUUGGAUGCUGCUAAUGACCAUUCUACGGUGAAAGUUAUGCGCUCCGAAAAUAUGGAUGGUUUUAAUUGGCUCGGGACUUUAAUCACUUGCGGCGUGAUCUUUGUACCUCUGAUUUGUUGCUUCUUUGGAAUGUUCCGCAUCAGCAAAAAGUUAAGGCUGAAACACUAUGUCCUCUUUGGAAAUAUCUCCUGUUUGUCCUUUUGUCUAUUCACACUAGUUCUUCAUGUACUCAUGGGAGAGAGCCCUUUUGAAAGUUUCAGGAACAAUGACCAAAACAGUGCCAUAAUGUUGAUCAUUUUUAUUUGUUUUCUUUGCGCUGUUACUUGCGCUAUUGUCAUGGUUGCCUUGCUAAAGAGCGAAGAUCUGAAAGAAGCUCUCUUCUAUGCAGCGGUAUUUCCAUUGAAUUGUUCGUUAGGUUUGUCUUUUAGAAACCGACUUUAUUAUCCUAUUUUACAUCAUGAGCCAUUUGAACUUAGUGUCAUAUUCUUGUUGACUGCGUGUUCUUUGUAUUUUUGUGAAAUCGUUGUCCAGUAUUUUGUACAAUAUAACUUGACUCGGUCAUCUUUUUUAUUGUCAUGGAAUGGUGAUAUUGAAGACAUAGAGCAUAAUGGUGAUAGUGGAACUCCGUUGAAGAAAAUUUCGAUGACAAAAACUGACUGAGCAACCUGUUCAACAUGAUGACUG